CAAAAAAUGUCACAGACUAUCGCCAAAAAUUUUUAUCAAGUGGUAAAGACAGCACCAAAGGGUCGUUAUAAAGGAAUUAAACGAAAUUAUGAAGUUGAGGAUUUGUUGAAAUUGAGGGGAUCUAUUGAUAUUGAUUACACACUAGCAACUAGAGGUGCAAAUAAAUUAUGGCAAUUGUUACAUACAGAACCCUAUAUAGCUGCGUUGGGUGCUCUAACUGGCAACCAAGCUGUUCAAAUGGUUAGGGCUGGUCUUAAAGCUAUUUAUUUGUCAGGUUGGCAAGUAGCUGCUGAUGCAAACACUGCCGGAGAUAUGUAUCCCGACCAGUCACUUUAUCCUGCCAAUUCUGGGCCCGAACUUGCCCGAAAAAUUAACCGAGCAUUGCGACGUGCUGAUCUCGUUGAAUGUGUUGAGGCUGAGGAUUACAAAUCCCAACGUGAUUGGUAUGUUCCCAUAGUUGCUGAUGCAGAGGCGGGAUUUGGGGGUGCUUUAAAUUGUUUUGAACUAAUGAAAGCCUAUAUCGAAGCUGGAGCAUCCGGUGUACAUUUUGAGGACCAAUUAGGAUCAGAGAAAAAGUGUGGGCAUAUGGGGGGAAAAGUUUUGAUCCCUACAGCCCAACAUAUUCGCCAUCUAAAUGCUGCACGUUUGGCAGCCGAUGUUUGUGGAGUACCAACAAUUAUAGUGGCUAGAACUGAUGCAGAAUCUGCACGUUUAAUUACUAGUGAUAUCGAUGAACGUGACCAUCCAUUCAUUGAUAAACACGCUGGAAGAACGGCUGAAGGAUUCUACCGUUUACGUGAAGACAAUGCCAUCCAAUCGUGUAUUGAACGUGCUAAAAGCUAUGCUCCUUAUUGCGAUUUAAUUUGGAUGGAAACUUCACAUCCAACUCUGACAGAUGCUAGAGAAUUUUCUGAGGGUGUAAGGAAGGAAUUCCCCGAUAAAUUAUUCGCCUACAAUUGCUCUCCCUCAUUUAACUGGAGACAGCAUUUGAGACCUUCGGACAUGGAAAAAUUCCAACGUGAACUUGGAGCUAUGGGAUUUAAAUAUCAAUUUAUAACUCUUGCUGGCUUCCACACCAACAAUUUUAGCGUUUUCGAUUUGGCUAGAAAUUAUAAAGAACGCGGUAUGGCUGCAUAUUCGGAAUUACAGGAAAAAGAAUUUGCUGCAGAAAAAUUCGGUUACACGGCGGUUAAACAUCAACGAGAAGUAGGCACAGGAUAUUUUGAUUAUGUUGCUCAAGCUGCUGCAGGAGGUAUUUCUUCGACGACUGCACUUAAGGGGAGCACUGAGGAGGCUCAAUUUCAUACGGCUACUGCUUCUGCCGAUGAGGAUGAAAUUGUGACGAUCACCGCCCCUGAAAAUGCUGGAGACGAGACUAUACUCACUCCCGAUGCCCUCCGUUUCCUUCGCGAACUUCACCAAAAAUUCGAGCCUCGACGCCAUUCUCUCCUAGCUCAACGCAAAAUUCUUCAAUACAGACUCGAUCAAGGAGAUUAUUUCCCCGAUUUCGAUUCAACUACAAAAAAUAUUCGUGACGAUUUGGGGUGGAGUGGUGCUGAAAUUCCGGAGGAUUUGCUUGAUCGUCGUGUAGAAAUUACAGGGCCAACAGACAGAAAAAUGGUUAUCAAUGCUUUGAAUUCUGGAGCUAAAGUAUUUAUGGCUGAUUUUGAAGAUGCAAAUUCACCAACUUGGAGGAACCAAAUUGAAGGACAAAUUAAUUUACACGAAGCAAUCCGUGGCCGAAUCCAUUAUGUUAACCCUAUCACCAAACAAGAAUACUCCCUCAAGAAAAAUACAGCAGUUUUGAAAGUUCGCCCUCGUGGUUGGCACCUUCCGGAAAAACAUGUUCUUAUUAAUGACAAGCCAAUGUCUGCCUCUCUUUUCGACUUUGGUCUUUAUCUUUUCCAUAAUGCAAAAGCUUUGCAAGAGAAGGGAAGCGGCCCGUAUUUUUAUUUGCCUAAACUCCAGAAUGCACAAGAAGCCCAACUUUGGGCCGAUGUUUUUGCCUUUUCUGAGGAAAGACUGGGAUUGCCUAAAUCUACAAUUAAGUGCACUGUUUUAAUCGAACAUUUGUUGGCUACAUUUCAGAUGGACGAAAUUGUUCAUGCUUUGAAAGAUUAUGUUGUUGGUAUUAAUUGUGGCCGUUGGGAUUAUAUCUUCUCAUAUAUUAAAGUUUUUCGAAAUCAUCGAAAAUUUUUAUUGCCAGAUCGUUUCUUAGUUGGAAUGACUUCCGAUUUUCUCCGUGCUUAUUCCCUCCUUUCAAUUAAAGUUGCCCAUCAAAGAAAAAUUUUUGCAAUGGGAGGAAUGGCCGCGCAAAUUCCUAUUAAACAUGACCAGACAGCUAAUGAGGAAGCAUUAAAAGCUGUUAGAAAGGACAAAGAAAGGGAGGCUUCUGAUGGACAUGACGGUACCUGGGUCGCUCAUCCCGGACUUGUGCCUGUAGCCCAAGCUGUAUUUGAUGCCCACAUGAAGGAUGGACAUAAUCAAAUACUUAAACAACUUCCCGAUUUUUUCACUGACAAUCAACGAUUGACUUCGCCUCCGGAAGGAGUAAGAACUGAAGCUGGAUUCCGACGAAAUAUUUCUAUUACUUUGGGCUAUUUGGAUAGCUGGCUACGUGGUACAGGCUGUGUUCCAUUAUACAAUUUAAUGGAGGAUGCAGCUACAGCUGAAAUUAGUCGUGCACAGCUUUGGCAAUGGCUUCGUCAUGAAGCGCGUUUGGAAGAUGGCCGUACUGUUGAUCCUCAACUUGUUAAAAUGACCAUAGCAUCGGAGACUGAGCGUCGUUUAGUACGUGCCGGUUCUGUUGUAAAUAGAAUUCCUGAGGCCUCUGAACUUUUGGAAAAAUUUGUUUUGGAGCCUGAAUUGAGCGAUUUUCUUACUUUGGAUGCUUAUGAUAAGCUUGUCUCGGAGGGAAAAUAA